AAUGAGCACAAAUGUGUACGGAUGCAUAACCAGAUAUAAAACGUAAAUUUCAUAUCUUUGCAGCUAUAAUAAUGUUUCCUAAGAAGUGGCCCUAUGGAGUCUGGCCUGCCAGUGGAGAGAUUACCCUCACCGAAGCCAGGAGCAACGACAAGUAUGGUGAAUACAGCAACCAAUACGCAGGAACCACAAUGCACUGGGGACCUUUCAGGUCAUUCAACAUAUACAACUUGACAGAGGAGGAAUACAAGGCCAGUAAAGGUACCUUUGCCGACAGCUUCCAUGCUUGGAGAACGGACUGGACGAAGGACAAGAUGGAAAUCCACGUAGAUGACGUCCUCGUGAUGACAGUUGACCCCGGGACCAGCUUCUGGCAUUUCGGCGGCUUCGGUGACGACAUUGACAACAUCUGGAGUUCCGGGGGGAAAAUGGCACCUUUCGACCAAAAGUUCUACAUCAUCCUUGAUUUGGCCGUCGGAGGUGUCGGUGGGUUCUUCCCCGAUGACGUCCGUGGAGUAUCCAAGCCUUGGAACAACACCUCACCCACUCCUUACAAAGAUUUCUGAAAUGGCCGUGCAGACUGGCUUCCCACCUGGCAGCAUGGAGAGUCCAGAAUCAGCGAAAAGGCCGCCCUCCAGGUCGACUACGUGAAGGUCUGGAAAAUGGAGAGCGUGGAACAGUAGUUCUAAACCUUCUUCAUUUCUAAAGCUUUCCCUUCAGUAGAGUAAAGUUAUACAAAUAAUUCUUAGUGGGAAAUGUUAGCAAACUGAUGAACAAAUGAUUGCUGGAAAUCAUUCUACAAUAGAUGGUUCUGAAACCAAGCACUGGCAAGUUGCCUAUUUGUAAUAACCAAUAAGAUAUUGUUUUUAUUAUCUCACUGAUAAAAAUUAGAACUA